AUGGACAAAGCCAUGAGAAUUGUUUCAGUUUUCAGAUUUCUAAGCAUUGCAACCAUUACUACCAUUAGCUUAUGCAAUGGAAAUUUGGGAGUGCCUUGUAAACAAAAUGAGAGACAAGCACUUCUAAUGUUCAGGCAAGAUCUUAAGGAUCCUUCAAAUAGGCUUUUAUCUUGGGUUUGUGAGGGAGAUUCUUGCAAUUGGACUGGAGUUGUCUGCAACAAUCUAACCGGUCAUGUUGGUGAGCUGCACCGUGGGAAUUAUUAUUCAGAUGAGUAUCUGAAUUACAGUUUGUAUCAAGAAAACUCUUUGGGUGGCAAGAUUCCUAGCUUCUUAGGUUCUCUUAGAAGUUUAAGAUAUCUUAACCUCUCAGACUCAAAGUUCGCUGGAAUAAUUCCGCAUCAAUUGGGAAAUCUCUCGAGUCUACGCUUUCUAGGACUCCAGAGUAAAAGCUACUACUGGAUGAAGGUUGAAAAUCUCCAAUGGCUUUCUGGUCUUUCGAGCUUGCAGAACCUGGACACGAGUCGUGUAGAUCUUAGCAAAGCAUCUGAUUGGUUUCAGGUGACAAACACACUCCCCUCUAUGUUGGUAGAUUUGCAUAUGUCCAGUUGCGAACUCAAUCAAAUACCAGUUGGUGUUGCAAACAUGACAAGGCUUGAAGUUCUUAAUCUCAGCAAUAUUGAGUCCCUAUCCCUUUAUUUGAAUCUCUUGCGAGGUGAAAUUUCAAGUUCCAUUGGAAACUUCACAGCCAUUGUCAAUCUUGACUUGUCUGCUAAUCAACUUAAAGGGAAAAUCCCAAACUCAUUGGGAAAUCUUUGUAACUUGACGGUUCUUGGUCUGUCAAGGAACUAUUUCAAUGGAAGCGUAUCAGAAAUAUUGGGAAACUUGUCAAGGUGUAGUUCAGGUGAAAUGGAGUCACUGAAGCUGUCAACAAAUUAUUUUUCAGCUGGGAAAUUUCAGACAUUUACGCCUCCUUGCUCUUUUGAGUACUUCAAUAUCAGGUCCAAUUCCAGUGUCCUUGGGAAAUCUAACAUUCCUAGAAGAGGCAAGCAUUUCUGA